CACGGUAAACCCCACAGGGGCUCGCAAAACUCAUCCAAAAUAAUAAACUCAAAAAUCAGGGGAGUGAAAGUGUUAAAAAAAAAUGGGAGAAGAAAGAGCUUCAUCUUCUUCAUCAUCAUUAAUGGCGACCAUGGAAGAGGAGAUGACGCUUACAGUAAAGUGGAGUGGAAAGGAGUACACUGUUCGAGUAUGCGGCGACGAUACUGUCGGUGAACUCAAGCGUCGUAUUUGUCAAGUUACCGAAGUUCUUCCCAAGCGUCAGAAACUUCUUUACCCUAAAAUUGUCGGCCCCAAGCUUGCCGAUGAUUCCACUCUUAUCUCUCAACUCCCUUUUAAAUCUUCUGUCAAAAUGACCAUGAUCGGGACUGUUGAAGAUGAUUUAAUUAUUGAUCCAGUUGAUUCUCCAGAGAUUGUUGAUGAUUUUGAACUUGGGCAAGAUGAAGCUGUAGACUUAAAGGAUAAAGAGGUUAACAAGCAGAAACUGCGAAGACGCAUUGACCAAUAUAAGAUUAAAGUACGGAAUCCCUGUCGUAAAGGGAAGAAAUUACUUGUUCUUGAUAUUGACUACACUCUAUUUGACCAUCGUUCAACAGCAGAGAACCCUCUACAACUUAUGCGACCAUAUCUCCAUGACUUCCUCACUGCUGCUUAUGCUGAGUAUGAUAUAAUGAUAUGGUCUGCAACGAGUAUGAAGUGGGUUGAAUUAAAGAUGGGCCAGCUUGGAGUGCUCAACAAUCCCAACUAUAAAAUUACUGCUCUUUUGGACCAUUUAGCUAUGAUCACAGUUCAGUCGGAAUCACGUGGUGUGUUCGACUGCAAACCUCUGGGUUUGAUUUGGGCUCAUUUUCCCGAGUAUUAUAAUUCAACAAACACCAUAAUGUUCGAUGAUUUGAGAAGAAAUUUCGUGAUGAACCCGCAGAAUGGACUGACAAUCAGACCUUUUAGGAAAGCUCAUGCUAACCGAGAGAAUGAUAAGGAACUUGUAAAGCUUACACAGUAUUUGCUUUCCAUAGCAGAAGGUGGUGACCUCAGUGCUCUUGAUCAUCGUAGUUGGGAAUCAUUCGUUGAGGAUAGUUCCAAGAGGCGGCGUCGUGUGUGAUGGACUCUUGAUGUCAUAACAUUACUAAGAAGUUCAAUUUUUGUUGUCAAGCUAAUAAUUACAUGCUUUUAUUUAUGAUACUAGUUUUGUGCCCGUGUGAUGGCUGGAUUGUUUAUUGAAUUUA